AUGAAAGACUCUAUAGCCCAUCCUGACCGGUUGACCUUCUCAGUUCUGCUAUGGACGGCCACCAAGAAGCAAAGACAGUUGGAAGAGAAGAAGAAGGAAAAGGCCGCCGGCACCCCUCCAGGUGGAGAAGAAGGCCAUGAAGAUGCGCAGCUGGAAGAAGUCGGCGUCGUCGAGGAGCGGGACGCUGGCGUCGUGGAUGCUGGCCACGUUGAGCAGGUCGAAUUACGGUCCACGAAAAUCCAACGGUACUGGUGUUCCGAAGGCUUUCUAACGGAGCACUUCACCGCCGAUCAAGCGCCGGUAAGCAUUGGUUCCUGA